AUGGCACUCCGGGAGGCCCAGGUUCUCCGGGAAGCCCAGGGUCACCAGGAAGCCCAGGUUCUCCGGGAAGCCCAGGUUCACCGGGAAGCCCAGGUUCACCGGGAAGCCCAGGCUCACCGGGAAGCCCAGGUUCUCCGGGAAGCCCAGGUCAACCAGGUCAUCCAGGAUAUGGAGGCAAACACCACGGAGGAAAACCAAAACACCACGGAGGAAAACCAAGACACCACGGAGGAAAACCAGGAGACGAUGAUUCCGAUGGCACUCCGGGAGGCCCAGGUUCUCCGGGAAGCCCAGGCUCACCGGGAACCCCAGGUACACCGGGAACCCCAGGUACUCCGGGAACCCCAGGUACUCCGGGAACCCCAGGUACACCGGGAAGCCCAGGUACACCGGGAGGCCCAGGUCAAUCAGGUCAUCCAGGACAUGGAGGCAAACACCACGGAGGAAAACCAAAACACCACGGAGGAAAACCAAGACACCAUGGAGGAAAACCAGGAGACGAUGAUUCCGAUGGCACUCCGGGAAGCCCAGGUUCUCCAGGAAGCCCAGGGUCACCAGGAAGCCCAGGCUCACCAGGAAGCCCAGGUUCACCGGGAAGCCCAGGCUCACCGGGAAGCCCAGGUUCACCGGGAAGCCCAGGUCAACCAGGUCAUCCAGGAGAUGGAGGCAAACACCACGGAGGAAAACCAAAACACCACGGAGGAAAACCAAGACACCACGGAGGAAAACCAGGAGACGAUGAUUCCGAUGGCACUCCGGGAGGCCCAGGUUCUCCGGGAAGCCCAGGCUCACCGGGAACCCCAGGUACACCGGGAACCCCAGGUACUCCGGGAACCCCAGGUACUCCGGGAACCCCAGGUACACCGGGAAGCCCAGGUACACCGGGAGGCCCAGGUCAAUCAGGUCAUCCAGGACAUGGAGGCAAACACCACGGAGGAAAACCAAAACACCACGGAGGAAAACCAAGACACCACGGAGGAAAACCAGGAGACGAUGAUUCCGAUGGCACUCCGGGAGGCCCAGGUUCUCCGGGAAGCCCAGGCUCACCGGGAACCCCAGGUACACCGGGAACCCCAGGUACUCCGGGAACCCCAGGUACUCCGGGAACCCCAGGUACACCGGGAAGCCCAGGUACACCGGGAGGCCCAGGUCAAUCAGGUCAUCCAGGACAUGGAGGCAAACACCACGGAGAAAAACCAAAACACCACGGAGGAAAACCAAGACACCACGGAGGGAAACCAGGAGACGAUGAUUUCGAUGGCACUCCGGGAGGCCCAGGUUAUCCGGGAAGUCCAGGGUCACCAGGAAGCCCAGGUUCACCGGGAAGCCCAGGCUCACCGGGAAGCCCAGGUUCACCGGGAAGCCCAGGUUCACCGGGAAGCCCAGGUUCACCGGGAAGCCCAGGCUCACCGGGAAGCCCAGGUUCUCCGGGAAGCCCAGGUCAAUCAGGUCAUCCAGGAUAUGGAGGCAAACACCACGGAGGAAAACCAAAACACCACGGAGGAAAACCAAGACACCACGGAGGAAAACCAGGAGACGAUGAUUCCGAUGGCACUCCGGGAGGCCCAGGUUCUCCGGGAAGCCCAGGCUCACCGGGAACCCCAGGUACACCGGGAACCCCAGGUACUCCGGGAACCCCAGGUACUCCGGGAACCCCAGGUACACCGGGAAGCCCAGGUACACCUGGAGGCCCAGGUCAAUCAGGUCAUCCAGGACAUGGAGGCAAACACCACGGAGGAAAACCAAAACACCACGGAGGAAAACCAAGGCACCAUGGAGGAAAACCAGGAGACGAUGAUUCCGAUGGCACUCCGGGAAGCCCAGGUUCUCCAGGAAGCCCAGGGUCACCAGGAAGCCCAGGCUCACCAGGAAGCCCAGGUUCACCGGGAAGCCCAGGCUCACCGGGAAGCCCAGGUUCACCGGGAAGCCCAGGUCAACAAGGUCAUCCAGGAGAUGGAGGCAAACACCACGGAGGAAAACCAAAACACCACGGAGGAAAACCAAGAAACCACGGAGGAAAACCAGGAGACGAUGAUUCCGAUGGCACUCCGGGAGGCCCAGGUUCUCCGGGAAGCCCAGGCUCACCGGGAACCCCAGGUACACCGGGAACCCCAGGUACUCCGGGAACCCCAGGUACUCCGGGAACCCCAGGUACACCGGGAAGCCCAGGUACACCGGGAGGCCCAGGUCAAUCAGGUCAUCCAGGACAUGGAGGCAAACACCACGGAGGAAAACCAAAACACCACGGAGGAAAACCAAGACACCACGGAGGAAAACCAGGAGACGAUGAUUCCGAUGGCACUCCGGGAGGCCCAGGUUCUCCGGGAAGCCCAGGCUCACCGGGAACCCCAGGUACACCGGGAACCCCAGGUACUCCGGGAACCCCAGGUACUCCGGGAACCCCAGGUACACCGGGAAGCCCAGGUACACCGGGAGGCCCAGGUCAAUCAGGUCAUCCAGGACAUGGAGGCAAACACCACGGAGGAAAACCAAAACACCACGGAGGAAAACCAAGACACCAUGGAGGAAAACCAGGAGACGAUGAUUCCGAUGGCACUCCGGGAAGCCCAGGUUCUCCAGGAAGCCCAGGGUCACCAGGAAGCCCAGGCUCACCAGGAAGCCCAGGUUCACCGGGAAGCCCAGGCUCACCGGGAAGCCCAGGUUCACCGGGAAGCCCAGGUCAACCAGGUCAUCCAGGAGAUGGAGGCAAACACCACGGAGGAAAACCAAAACACCACGGAGGAAAACCAAGAAACCACGGAGGAAAACCAGGAGACGAUGAUUCCGAUGGCACUCCGGGAGGCCCAGGUUCUCCGGGAAGCCCAGGCUCACCGGGAACCCCAGGUACACCGGGAACCCCAGGUACUCCGGGAACCCCAGGUACUCCGGGAACCCCAGGUACACCGGGAAGCCCAGGUACACCGGGAGGCCCAGGUCAAUCAGGUCAUCCAGGACAUGGAGGCAAACACCACGGAGGAAAACCAAAACACCACGGAGGAAAACCAAGACACCACGGAGGAAAACCAGGAGACGAUGAUUCCGAUGGCACUCCGGGAGGCCCAGGUUCUCCGGGAAGCCCAGGCUCACCGGGAACCCCAGGUACACCGGGAACCCCAGGUACUCCGGGAACCCCAGGUACUCCGGGAACCCCAGGUACACCGGGAAGCCCAGGUACACCGGGAGGCCCAGGUCAAUCAGGUCAUCCAGGACAUGGAGGCAAACACCACGGAGGAAAACCAAAACACCACGGAGGAAAACCAAGACACCAUGGAGGAAAACCAGGAGACGAUGAUUCCGAUGGCACUCCGGGAAGCCCAGGUUCUCCAGGAAGCCCAGGGUCACCAGGAAGCCCAGGCUCACCAGGAAGCCCAGGUUCACCGGGAAGCCCAGGCUCACCGGGAAGCCCAGGUUCACCGGGAAGCCCAGGUCAACCAGGUCAUCCAGGAGAUGGAGGCAAACACCACGGAGGAAAACCAAAACACCACGGAGGAAAACCAAGACACCACGGAGGAAAACCAGGAGACGAUGAUUCCGAUGGCACUCCGGGAGGCCCAGGUUCUCCGGGAAGCCCAGGCUCACCGGGAACCCCAGGUACACCGGGAACCCCAGGUACUCCGGGAACCCCAGGUACUCCGGGAACCCCAGGUACACCGGGAAGCCCAGGUACACCGGGAGGCCCAGGUCAAUCAGGUCAUCCAGGACAUGGAGGCAAACACCACGGAGGAAAACCAAAACACCACGGAGGAAAACCAAGACACCACGGAGGAAAACCAGGAGACGAUGAUUCCGAUGGCACUCCGGGAGGCCCAGGUUCUCCGGGAAGCCCAGGCUCACCGGGAACCCCAGGUACACCGGGAACCCCAGGUACUCCGGGAACCCCAGGUACUCCGGGAACCCCAGGUACACCGGGAAGCCCAGGUACACCGGGAGGCCCAGGUCAAUCAGGUCAUCCAGGACAUGGAGGCAAACACCACGGAGAAAAACCAAAACACCACGGAGGAAAACCAAGACACCACGGAGGGAAACCAGGAGACGAUGAUUUCGAUGGCACUCCGGGAGGCCCAGGUUAUCCGGGAAGUCCAGGGUCACCAGGAAGCCCAGGUUCACCGGGAAGCCCAGGCUCACCGGGAAGCCCAGGUUCACCGGGAAGCCCAGGUUCACCGGGAAGCCCAGGUUCACCGGGAAGCCCAGGCUCACCGGGAAGCCCAGGUUCUCCGGGAAGCCCAGGUCAACCAGGUCAUCCAGGAUAUGGAGGCAAACACCACGGAGGAAAACCAAAACACCACGGAGGAAAACCAAGACACCAUGGAGGAAAACCAGGAGACGAUGAUUCCGAUGGCACUCCGGGAAGCCCAGGUUCUCCAGGAAGCCCAGGGUCACCAGGAAGCCCAGGCUCACCAGGAAGCCCAGGUUCACCGGGAAGCCCAGGCUCACCGGGAAGCCCAGGUUCACCGGGAAGCCCAGGUCAACCAGGUCAUCCAGGAGAUGGAGGCAAACACCACGGAGGAAAACCAAAACACCACGGAGGAAAACCAAGACACCACGGAGGAAAACCAGGAGACGAUGAUUCCGAUGGCACUCCGGGAGGCCCAGGUUCUCCGGGAAGCCCAGGCUCACCGGGAACCCCAGGUACACCGGGAACCCCAGGUACUCCGGGAACCCCAGGUACUCCGGGAACCCCAGGUACACCGGGAAGCCCAGGUACACCGGGAGGCCCAGGUCAAUCAGGUCAACCAGGAGGCCCAGGCAGACCAGGUAAACCGAGCCAUCCGGGCAAACCGGGCAAGCGGGGCCAUGGAAAGGUCUGUGUAUGCUACGACAGCAUCGAAGAUAUCCCAUGGAACGUCCGCCGCCAGAUCGGAGCCCAGUUUUAAAUGGACAUGCCACUAA